AUGACUAUGCCAGUACUGCUUCUGACAUUGGGGCUUGCCCUCGUCGUCAUACAUCUUUUCAAUACACUCAUCAUCAUCCCCAUCCAGCAUGCCCGCAAAGCUCGCGCCCUAGGCUGCGGCAACGUGCCCCUCGAGCCGACAAGAUGGCCCCUAGGCCUCGACAUGGUCCGGGCCGGCCUCGCAGCAGACCGCGACCAGCGGACACCAGACUUCGUGACCGACCGUUUCCACGCCAUGGGCCGCUACACGUUCCGCAUCCGCAUCCUGGGGACCUCAAACCUCAUCACCGCCGACCCGCGGAACGUCCAGGCCGUGCUGGCGAGCCAGUUCGGCGACUUCGCCAUGGGCCGCGCGAGGAAGACGAACCUGAAGAUGAUCCUGGGCCGCAGCAUCUUUGCCGUGGACGGGGCGACGUGGCAGUCGGCGCGCGAGACGGUGAGGCCUGUCUUCGCGCGGGAAAACAUUUCCAACCUGGAGAUGCUGGAAGGCCAUGUGCAGACUCUCUUGGCGUGUAUUGAACAGCCGGGCAUUGAUGCUCAGGGCUGGACGAGGCCUGUUUGUCUGGCAGGGCUUUUUCCGUGUCUGACUAUUGACAGUGCCACGGAACUCUUUCUCGGGCACAGCACGCACUCGCUGCAGUCGCGACUGAGUGGUGAACCGCCCAUACACGAGUUCCAUCGGGCUUUCGAACGGUUACAAGCCGUUCUGAGCAUCCGUAUGCGGCUGCGAAGUCUUUAUUGGUUGUAUGGAAACAAGGAUUUGAGAGAAUGCAUGGGUAUUCUCAAUGCAUUCAUUGAUGAUUCUAUCCGCGAGGCAGACUUGAAUAUGGACUCAAAAAGGUCGAAAUACGACUUUUUGAACACACUCCGAGAGCGGUGCACGGAUGUUGCAGAGGUGCGCGAGCAGGUCCUCGGCAUGUUAGCAGCCGGGAGAGACACCACAGCGAGCUUGAUGAGUUGGGUGUUCUACUGUCUCGUCCGCAAUCCGCGUGUCUUCUACAAGCUCAGGAGCAUCGUCAUCGAGUAUCUCGGCCCGUACGACGCCGAUCCAGAUGUUGCGACGCGUGAUAUCACGUUUCAGAAGCUGAAGGGAUGUCGGUACCUGCAGCACGUCCUGAACGAGACACUACGGCUGCACAGUAUCGUCGCCUUCAACAGCCGCAUGGCGGUGAGCGACACAACCCUGCCUACCGGGGGAGGUUCAGAUGGGACUCUUCCCGUCUUUGUCCCUGCGGGUACCGAGGUGAAUUUCUCGACACAUGUGAUGCACCGGAGAAAGGAUCUCUGGGGUCAUGAUGCCGAUGAGUUUGUGCCGGAGCGGUGGGAGACGGCCAAGCCCGGGUGGGCGUACGCGCCGUUCAAUGGGGGCCCUCGCAUCUGCAUUGGCCAGCAGUUUGCGUUGACGGAGGCGGGAUACACGAUCGUGAGGCUUCUGCAGCGGUAUGAUGCCAUCGAAGGUUUGGAUAUUGAUCCUGCGAGGGAUCACCAUCACUUCACUGUUGUGUGUGCUCCUGGAACACCAAAUAGGGGAGCCGAGGCUGUGAGAUGCCGCUUGAGGGUUGCGAGGCUGGAGAGCUGA